UCCUUUCAUUUCUAAGUAGCCCCUUUUCUCAUGCAUUUUCAAGCUGAAAACUGAGAGCAGAAAAAACUAUGGCUGCCGUUUGCUUUCAUCAACCACGGCCAAGCAUCAACGCCGACGACUCGGUGAUACUCUUUUCGACCUCAAACUCCGCUGAAGAAUCCACCAGCCCUUCCUCCUCUUCUUUCUACAACUCAUCACCUCCCCCUCACCAUUCCCAUAACCCUACUUACAAACUCACUGUCCAUAAACUUUCCUACACCUUCCACCCUAAGUCGGGUAUUCUACCGGAUUCUAUUUGCCAAUUGGUGGAGCAAAAGCCGAAGCCAGUCAGCGUACUCAACUCGGUCUCUUUUGCUGCCACAAGUUCUGAAAUUCUUGCCGUUGUUGGCCCAAGUGGUACUGGAAAAUCUACCCUUCUUCGAAUAAUAUCGGGGAGGGUCAAAGACAAAGAUUUUGAUCCGAAAUGCGUUUCAAUCAACGAUCGCGAAAUAUCUAGUCCUGCUCAGUUGCGAAAGAUAUGUGGAUUCGUUACGCAAGAAGAUAAUUUGCUUCCUUUGCUCACUGUGAAGGAAACUUUGAUGUUUACUGCAAAGUUUAGGCUCAAAGGUAUUGAUGCAAAAGAGAGGGAAGAGAGGGUGGAGAGGUUAAUGCAAGAACUCGGUCUUGUGCAUGUCGCUGAUAGUUUCGUUGGAGACGAAGAGAACAGAGGGAUAUCUGGUGGAGAGAGGAAAAGGGUAUCAAUUGGUGUUGAUAUGAUUCAUGACCCUCCAAUUUUACUCCUCGAUGAACCGACUUCUGGCCUAGACAGCACCUCGGCACUUCAGGUGAUUGAGAUGCUGUCUUCAAUGGCAAAAUCGAAGCAAAGAACUGUGGUUUUGUCAAUACACCAACCCAGCUAUAGAAUUCUCUAUCACAUCUCUAGCUUUUUGAUCCUCUCUCUCGGUUCUGUUGUCCAUAACGGUAGCAUUGAGUUACUCGAAGAAAGGAUAAAACAAUUGGGAAUGCAGAUUCCGUUGCAACUAAAUGCAAUAGAAUUUUCCAUGGAAAUAAUACAGAAACUGGGAGAUUCGUAUUCGAGAACUGAUCAGAUAUCUGAGACAGAGAACAAAGAAGCAUACUCCUACUCCUCAUGGCGAGAAGAAGAAAUUGCUGGCGCAGAUCAACCUGAUAGCAGAAAAAUUGGUAUUGCAUAUUUUUUAAAUUUGUAUGAAAUUCUGAUUUUGUGCUCAAGAUUUUGGAAGAUCAUUUACAGAACGAAGCAGCUGUUCUUGGCUCGAACAAUGCAAGCUGUUGUGGGAGGAUUUGGGUUGGCAAGCGUAUACUUGAAACUGAGGAAGGACGAAGAAGGAGCAACAGAGCGGUUAGGUCUCUUUGCCUUCAGCCUCAGCUUUCUCCUGUCUUCUACAGUUGAGGCACUACCAAUAUACCUUCAAGAGCGGCGAGUUUUAAUGAAGGAAGCCUCGAGAGGAGCCUACAGAAUAUCAUCUUACAUGAUUGCCAAUACCAUUGUCUUCCUACCCUUCUUGUUUGCAGUGGCUCUUCUCUUUGCCGUUCCUGUGUAUUGGCUAGUAGGACUCAAUCCUUCCGUUGGGGCCUUUGCUUUUUUCACUUUUGUGGUUUGGCUCAUCGUGCUGAUGGCUAGUUCUCUGGUGCUCUUUCUGAGUGCAGUCUCCCCUGACUUCAUAUCAGGAAAUUCUCUUAUCUGCACGGUCCUUGGAGCCUUCUUUCUCUUCUCCGGGUACUUCAUUCCGAAAGAGAGCAUACCGAAAUACUGGCUCUUCAUGUACUAUGUUUCCCUUUAUAGGUAUCCAUUAGACACUUUGCUGACAAACGAGUACUGGAGCGUUAGAAGUGAGUGCUUCUCUUGGCAUCCUCAGGAUCUCAGUCAUUCAAACUGUUUGUUCACUGGGAAUGAUGUGUUGAAGAGUAGGGGACUGGACAAGGACACCAGGUGGAUCAAUGUGGGCGUCAUGUUCGGCUUCUUUUUACUCUACCGUGUUCUUUGUUGGAUAAUACUAUCUCGAAGGGCUUCGAAAACAAGAAUCUAAGCAGUUUAAGAUGUUAGAUUAUUGUUAAUGGUCAUUCACGAUGUGCUAGAAUAUAUAUAUAUAUAUAUAUAUAUACACACUUUAAUUUGGCAGGCUCUUCAUCCAUUGCAUUAUUAAAUUACAAGAAAUUAUUCAUAACAUUAUCCCCUGUAGAAAUGUGCUGAAUGUGCUGAAUGUGUUAAUGUUUAUUUGUGAAGCGUGUAUUAAGAAAUCGGAUUAAUCACAGUAAAUCUGCGUGCA